CUACAGCGCCGACGCGGGCCAGGAGCUGCCGAGUCGACGCUGCUCGCGGGGCGUGGACCCUGCCCGCCGGUACCAGGACCUGCCUGCAGCCGCAGAGGCCCCGUGGAAGGGGUGGGGAGGCUGCCCUGGCGCCUGGGCCCCAGUGGGCACUGGCCUAGCCCCGCAGGGCGCCGCGUCCUGGGGAGGCAGCAAGGCCCUGUUCCCCGGGGUGGCCCCAUGGAGCUGCCCGUGGUGCUGUGAGCUGCCCACAUGUGAGUCUCCCAGGACUGCGUCCGCGCCAUGGCCAGCAACAGCAGCUCCUGCCCCACGCCGGGGGGCGGGCACCUCAACGGGUACCCGGUGCCCCACUACGCCUUCUUCUUCCCGCACAUGAUUGGGGGCCUCUCGCCGCCGGGCGCGCUAGCGGGCAUGCAGCACCAGCUGCCCGUGAGUGGAUACAGCACCCCCUCGCCAGCCACCAUCGAGACACAGAGCACCAGCUCUGAGGAGAUCGUCCCCAGCCCCCCGUCGCCGCCCCCGCUGCCUCGCAUCUACAAGCCCUGCUUCGUGUGCCAGGACAAAUCCUCGGGCUACCACUAUGGGGUGAGCGCCUGCGAGGGCUGCAAGGGCUUCUUCCGCCGGAGCAUCCAGAAGAACAUGGUCUACACCUGCCACCGCGACAAGAGCUGCAUCAUCAACAAGGUGACGCGGAACCGGUGCCAGUACUGCCGCCUGCAGAAGUGCUUCGACGUGGGCAUGUCCAAGGAGUCCGUCCGGAACGACAGGAACAAGAAGAAGAAGGAGGCGCCGAAGCAGGAGUGUUCAGAGAGCUACAUCCUCACGCCCGAGGUGGAGGAGCUCAUUGAGAAAGUGCGCAAAGCCCACCAGGAGACCUUCCCUGCCCUCUGCCAGCUCGGCAAAUACACUACGAACAACAGCUCGGAGCAGCGGGUCUCGCUGGACAUCGACCUGUGGGACAAGUUCAGUGAACUCUCCACCAAGUGCAUCAUCAAGACGGUGGAGUUUGCCAAGCAGCUGCCCGGCUUCACCACGCUCACCAUCGCUGACCAGAUCACCCUGCUCAAGGCCGCCUGCCUGGACAUCCUGAUCCUGCGGAUCUGCACGCGCUACACGCCGGAGCAGGACACUAUGACCUUCUCGGACGGGCUGACUCUGAACCGAACUCAGAUGCACAACGCCGGGUUCGGGCCGCUCACUGACCUGGUCUUCGCCUUCGCCAACCAGUUGCUUCCGCUGGAGAUGGACGAUGCGGAGACCGGGCUGCUCAGCGCCAUCUGCCUCAUCUGUGGGGAUCGCCAGGACCUGGAGCAGGCUGACAAGGUGGACAAGCUCCAGGAGCCGCUGCUGGAAGCGCUGAAGAUCUACGUGAGGAAGAGGAGGCCUAACAAGCCCCACAUGUUCCCCAAAAUGCUGAUGAAGAUCACGGACCUGCGCAGCAUCAGCGCCAAGGGCGCCGAGCGGGUGAUCACGCUGAAGAUGGAGAUCCCCGGCUCCAUGCCGCCUCUCAUCCAGGAGAUGCUGGAGAACUCGGAGGGCCUGGACACGCUGGGCGGGCAGCCGGGCACCUCCCGCGUGAGCAGCCUGGCGCCGCCCCCCGGGAGCUGCAGCCCCAGCCUGUCGCCCAGCUCCAACAGAAGCAGCCCGGCCACCCACUCGCCGUGACGCCGCGGCCGGCGCCAGGACGCCAUCCUUGCUCUUUGCUGCCAGGCCCGAGGGCUGCAUGGCAAGCCAAGGAGGAGGGGGAGGAGGUGACGCUGCCGCGGGCCAUGCCCCCCUCCGGGCUCCGGGCCCCGGGCCCCAGCCCGUUCCUGUCCGUACCAGCACACGCUGUGGCCAUGGCUUCCCUGCUGACUUGUGACGGACUCUGCUGGAGAAUCAGAAGUGGAUCCCGUGGGCACCGCCAGGGGGGCCGCUGGCUCUGUGGGGGGCACUGAGCCCUUAUUGGGUUUACAGCCCCCCAGCGACUUAUGUUCAUACCCAGGUUGGAGCAAACCAGCGCCCCGCUCCCCCCCCUCUUCCCCCCCAGCGCGCUGUCGCAGGGGUCUGGCCCACGGCUGGGGGGCGCUGCACCCAUGUGAAGAUGAAGUGUCUUUUGGUUGAGUUGCAUUUCAAGUGUUUCGGGGGGGGGGGGGAGAGGGUCGGUUUGGGAAACGUUAGUUGUUUUUUAAAAUUUUCAUGAGCAAAAUCGAUCAGCUGAUUGUGGCCGUCACGCGCACCCCCCACCACCACGUUCUCCCCACACACACACAUGCCUGUCAUCACCAGCAAAACCAACAACACCCCAAUUCGCUUGUCAGGUAAAAGCAGAAACGCCCGCCAGGAACCAGAGGCUGAUUCAUUGCAAAGCCAGACAAAGCCAGAUUAUAUAUCUAUAAAUAGCUAUAAAUAUCUAUAAAUACCUUUUAAAAACUUUGUAAAAGUCGGGAGGGGUUUUUAGAGACAUGCUGCGGUUGGCAACGGGGGGGUCCCGGUUCUGGAUGUGA